AUGACGGCAAAUGAAGCCUCAGCGCAGCCAAAAAACUCACUUGCUAGCAUGGAGCUUUUGGCCGAAGAACAAACUAUUACCAUCAAGCAGUUGGAAUUGAAACUCAAAAAGAUUGAAGAAGAGAAUGAGAGGCUAAUUGAGAAACAAAAGGCGCAGGAAGAGGACUUGUCUAGGAGAGAGACAGAUGUGAUUCGACGUUUCAUUGUUAGUAACGUUCGGUUGGCUCAUGUCUUGUCGGUCUUGCCCAGCAAACUGCGCCGAAAAUCAUCUGGUUCUGAGUUUGAUUACGAUGGCGCGGAUGAUCCUGCCGAUGAUUAUGGGGAGGCGGUAGGAUCCGUGCAAGUCAAAGAACUAAUCCAUCGACUAAAUGUUCUCGACCCUGCCAUUGAUUUCGUGUAUCAGAAGGCUUGCGAAGCCGCACAGUCGGGUAAAAUGCGUCUCCAACAGAGUUAUGAUGAUCUCAUUGCUUGGAAGUUUACUCCUGACAGUGCAUCAGGGAAACGCCUUAUGGCAUGCAUGCGGCAGCUUUUGGAACAGAAUAAGCACCUGGGAGCCAUCAAUCAGAUGGAUCGCCUCGCGGCCUUGGAAUCCGAAACGCAGGUGCAGGUUUCGUGCAUCCUGGAGUACAUGAAAACUGCUCAAGAACUUAAUGCAGUCCUUCAAGAAUCUUCGACAGAUCUGGAUGGGGUUCAAAGCAGUCUCUUUACCUUGAAAAAGCAGCUGAACAAAGCUGAGUCACUCGUCAAUGUCCUUAAAGAAGAAUACGAAAAGGUUAAUCCCGGCCAAUCCGAUUCCCUAAUAACUGCAGCUUUGACAAGGCUUAGCCAACAGGCAAUGGCGGCGGAAAGUGAGAACACAGAGACGGAGGAAGUGGAAGGAGGCAAACCGCGGGAGGAUGGAGAGGCACAACCUUGGGUCGAAUCUACGCCAAGCACCGCCACCACCGAGGCCUCAUCGCACGAACCUAAAUAG